UUAAAGAUAAAAGAGAAAAGGAUUUCAGAUAGUUAUACUUCGAGUAUUCAUUCAAUAAAUGUAGUUGACUAUGGUUCAUUCGAUGUGUUGUUCGAUAAUAAAACAUCUGAAAUAGAUUGGAUAGUUAUCCAACAGAGAAUAGAUGGAAAAGAAAAUUUCUUUCGCGAUUGGAAUACUUACGUAGCAGGCUUUGGAUCUUUUGAGGGAGACUUUUUUCUAGGCCUAGAGAAGAUUCAUCGACUAACGAGCUCAGCACGCUAUCAACUUCUGAUUCGCAUGGAAUACUUCAAUGGGACAAUACGAUACGCUGGCUACGAUAAUUUUAAAGUUGACAACAAUGAAACGGACUACACAUUGAGCAGUUUGGGUCAAUAUUCUAGCGAUAAAGACGAUCAAUUCUGGGGCGGCGACAAUUUGCGAUGGCAUGAGGGCAUGAAAUUCUCAACGUUCGACAACGAGAAUGAUCUGUGGAAUAAGGAGUGUGCAAAGAUUCAUAAAGGAGGAUGGUGGUUCAAUCGUUGCACAGCUAGUAAUUUAAAUGGAUUAUACUCAGAGAUGGGCGGCAGUAAAUACGCACGAAUGUUUUGGUUAGACUAUUUGCCUCUCAAGAGUGUCCAAAUGAUGAUACGAAAAUAUCAACCAUUGUAA